AUGGAGAAAAAGAAUUUGAUGCCAUUUUCUCUUGUGGGGGUCAAAGAGAAUCUUCUAGUUACUUGCAGGAGCAGAGCAACCCAGCAAGAAACUGACCCAUUUUUUCUUUAAUCAAAGGGAUAAAGUUGAUUAACAGAUAAUGUAAUCUCGACCCUUUACUCUAAGUAGCGUCGUUCCAAAAAGUCUUGUCCCAGUUCCUCCUUUUUUUGGGUCUCUCUCUGGAAGAAAUCGGAGCUCCAUUAAUGGCGAAGAGGAUAAGGUUCGGAUCAUUGUUUUUACUGAUUUUGUCACUCUCGGCGGCGUCUGUGGCGAUUGGGGAGAGAGGAGUGUCGCUAUUGAAUGGUUAUGAUAAAUCGAUUUUCAAGUCGUCAUUUCAUCGCGUUUUUGAUACCUCCAAGUACGGCAUUCUGCAGCUUGAAAAUGGCUUGGCUCGAACGCCUCAGAUGGGAUGGAAUAGCUGGAACUUUUUUGCCUGUGAAAUAGAUGAAAGACUCAUCAAGGAAACUGCGGAUGCACUCAUUUCUUCGGGUCUGGCUGAGUUAGGUUAUGUGUAUGUCAAUAUAGAUGAUUGCUGGUCCGCUCGGAAGCGAGAUUCGAGGGGUCAACUGGUUCCUGAUCCCAAGUCUUUUCCAUCAGGAAUUAAAGCUCUUGCUGAUUAUGUACAUAGCAAAGGCUUGAAGCUUGGAAUCUAUUCUGAUGCUGGUACUUACACCUGCCAAGUUCGACCUGGGUCACUUUACCAUGAAAAGGAUGAUGCUCAGUUGUUUGCUUCUUGGGGGGUCGAUUAUUUGAAGUAUGACAACUGUUUCAACGAGGGAAUUAAACCAAUAGAACGAUACCCACCUAUGCGUGAUGCACUAAAUGAAACUGGGCGUAGUAUUUUUUAUUCACUUUGUGAAUGGGGUGUUGAUGAUCCAGCAUUAUGGGCUGGCAAGGUUGGAAACAGUUGGCGUACAACAGAUGACAUUAACGAUACAUGGGCAAGCAUGACUACUCUUGCAGAUAUCAAUGACAAGUGGGCAGCCUAUGCAGGACCUGGUGGCUGGAAUGAUCCGGAUAUGUUGGAAGUUGGUAAUGGAGGCAUGACUUAUCAGGAAUACCGUGCUCAUUUUAGCAUAUGGGCUCUGAUGAAGGCCCCUCUUUUGAUUGGUUGUGAUGUACGAAAUAUGACUGAAGAAACUUUAGAAAUUCUUAGCAAUGAGGAGGUCAUUGCAGUAAACCAAGAUCCUUUUGGGGUCCAGGGAAGAAAGGUCAAAGUUCUUGGAAAAGAUGGUUGCCUUGAGGUUUGGGCAGGUCCUCUAUCUGGAAGCCGCUUGGCCGUCGUUCUUUGGAAUCGAUGUUCAGUUGCAUCAACGAUCACCACGGAUUGGAACGCACUUGGGCUUAAACCCGACACCAGUGUCUCAGUAAGAGACUUGUGGCAGCACAAAGAAGUUACAGGAGCUGCUGUGGCAUCAUUUGGAGCCAAAGUUGACCCUCACGACUGCAAGAUGUUCGUCUUCACGCCUGCAGCCGUGCUCCGUGCUGAAAUGUAGAUUAUAUUCAACCCCGACAAAGACGGGGAGGAUAGCAAACACAUAAGUUGUCCUCCCACCAUUCAGGUGUUAAUGGUGAAAGUUGAUCCAUCAGGAAUGAGCAAGUAAAUAAACUAAUAACUGGCUUAGCCUCAUACUAUUUCUGGUGCAUUGAAGCUAUUUUAUGCAAUUUGUAUGGUUUCUGGUGGUUCAGCUCUGUAAAAGUAGUACUAAACUAUGUUAAAAUUUGGAACUAAAAUGAAAUACAAUUAUACAAAAGGGAUACCUAGUUGUUUCAAUGAUAAUGGAUGAUGUGUUUCUGUA